AUGACCGUCGCCAACUCCCUCCCUCACACCACCGAGGCGCUCACUGUCUUCGUCUCCUCCCGGGCCGUCAUCACCCUCCCCGAUGACUCGCUCCUCUUGACGCCGGCUACCAUCUCCGUCUCGCCAUCCACCGGCAAGAUCAUCUCCGUGGUCCCUGAGAUCCUCCCUCAGUCAAGCUUCCCUUCUUCCACCACCUACGUCGACCACAGCCCUAAGCUCCUGCUACCCGGCCUCGUCGACGCCCAUGUCCACCUCAAUGAGCCCGGCCGCACCGAAUGGGAGGGCUUUUGGACCGGUACUCGCGCGGCCGCCAGCGGAGGCGUGACGACGGUGGUUGACAUGCCAUUAAAUGCCAUUCCGCCCACGACGACGCUGCAUGGCUUUGAGGAGAAGCUGCGCGCAAGUCGCAACCAAUGCUGGGUUGAUGUCGGAUUCUACGGCGGUGUCAUUCCCGGAAAUGCGGCCGAGUUGAAGCCCCUCGUUGAGGCCGGCGUAAGAGGUUUCAAGGGAUUCUUGAUUGAAUCAGGCGUCGACGAGUUCCCAGCAGUCUCAUCGCGAGAUGUCGCCCUCGCCAUGGAGGAGCUCAAAGAUGCCCCGACCACGCUCAUGUUCCACGCCGAGAUGAUUCCUCCGAUUUCAGCCUCGGUCGGCGACGCCGUUCAAGCCUCGGAGGCGCCCCUAGCUCCCACCGGAGAACUCACCGCAUACAAGACAUUCCUCCAAUCUCGUCCUCCCGCGUUCGAGACCUACGCCAUCGAAGAGAUCCUCAGUCUCGCCCACCUGGCGCCAUCAUUGCACCUACACAUCGUCCACCUCUCAGCAACGCAAUGCAUUCCGAUCCUCAAGGCGGCGCGCGCAGCCGGAAUCAAUAUCACGGCCGAGACGUGCUUCCACUACCUGGGGUUGACGGCCGAAGAGAUCGAGAUGGGCGAUACCCGACACAAGUGCUGCCCGCCGAUUCGUGAGGAGAGCAACCAGGACGGCCUGUGGGGAGAGCUGGUGGCCGAAGACUCAUGCAUCCGCACCGUUGUAUCGGAUCACUCCCCCUGCACACCGCAGCUGAAGUUGCUCCCUGAGCAUCUCGACCAGAACCAACCGCACAUGAUGCACUCGGAUUCCGGUGUCGACGUGACGAUGCCGGGUGAGCAGGCACCCACAGAGCCCGCCAAGAUGCGCGGAGACUUCUUCGCAGCUUGGGGCGGCAUCUCGUCCGUGGGCUUGGGGCUUCCCAUCCUCCACUCGGCGUCGAAGAAGCGAUCGGCAUCGUCAAAGACCCCCAGCAUCACCGACAUUGUGCGUCUCUGUUGCCAAGCCACCGCCGCGCAGGUCGGCCUGUCGCAUCGCAAGGGCGCCCUAAAGGCCGGUAUGGACGCCGACAUUUGCGUUUUCGACGACGCCGAGCUCUGGACGUUUGCGCAGGGCGACAUGCGGUGGAAGAACCGAUGCUCGCCGUGGGAGGGCCACGAGUUCACCGGCCGCGUCAAGGAGACGUGGCUGCGUGGAAACAAGGUGUUUGAGCUGGGCGCCGCAAACUCGGGCUUCGUCGCCGGGAAGCCCUAUGGAGAGUCGAUUACGGAGAAGAGAACGGCUUGA